CAGUCAACUGAUUUAUUAAAUCCCUAUCGAAUGGAGCCUCGUAAAAAAAAUCCCUAUUAGCUUACAUUAAAUAAGCACUAGCUUUCUUUCUUUUCCCAAAAUCUUCUCUCUCCGCUGCUACCCCGCUAGGCUUCACUUUCGAUCCUUCACUAAACGAUAAAAUAUGGAUAUGAUCAAAGUUGGUCCAGCGAAAGGACAAGGAUGUAGUGGAAGCUUUUGGGACGAAAAGGGACGAGGAGAAUUAGCCCAGUUUUUUGUUGCAUACAAUGGUAUCGGAGUUUCUUCACUGCAGUUCUUGUUCUACGAGAAUAGCACAUUAGUGUUGUCAGACAAACAUGGUAGUGACAAUUGUAAUAAGUUCAAUGCAAUUGUCUUGGAUUAUCCGUCAGAGUUUCUUACUUCGAUCAGUGGUCAAUUCGGGUUGACGUACGGAUAUAGUUAUUUGAAAACAAUAUCAUUUUGCACCAACAAGGGUUCCUAUGGACCAUUUGGGAGUACUGCAACUGAUGGCAGCGACUUCUUCAACUUUGAGAUAGGAAAUUAUCGUUCUUUUUGUGGUUUUCACGGCACCGGACAUGGGCAUGGCAUUGGGAGUAUUGGAGUCUAUGUGAAGCCCAUCACAACCUCCAUGAUUCAUUUUAGAAAUCCACUAGUAAAGGUUAAAAGGGAAGAAGAUCAAGAGAAGAAGGUGUAACUCAAGCUGCAUCCCUCUUUUACAAAUUUCUGAAUGAUACAGUUCGUAGUAGCUUACAGGUCGUAUUAGUUUUCUCUAUUGCUUAUGGUUGUUUCUACUUUUCAUAUCAAUUUCAGUUGGUGUUACUUGUUAUGUGAGAAUAGUUUUCCUACUCUAAAAAAUGAAUGUAAAGAAGAUGACUAACGCCCUAUUCUCUA